CAAAGGCUGAGGAGGGGAAUAGGAAAUGCAUUUUUCAGAAAAUACACAUAGAGAAGGAGAAACGGACUAUAAUCAUGCUGCACUAAAGCCCCAGGUGGACUGACUCAGAACGGAGCCACGUUCCACAUUUUCCUAAUAUGCCGACAGUGACUGGUUGAUUGUCUGCUAAUUAGGUGACUUAUCAGCUAAGGCGCUGCUGCAAGUCUCCACACCAGCAGCAGCAGUAGCCAGCAGGCAUGUAGGAGGGGUAAAGGAGGUAUACCCGACCUCCUCCCCUCUCCCACCUACUUUCCUCUCUACCAAGCAGCGUGGCUCACUCACUCACCCCCCUCUCUCCCCCUCUCUCUGUCUCUCACUCGCUCACUCUCAGCACUUCGUGUCAGUCCAGGUCGGGAGAAUCACGGCGGAAUCUGGCAGCGAAGAUGCGGGCCGUUGGGUAUGUGGGAGUCGGUGUGCUGUGGGCGCUCUUGGUCGCUCUUGUGCCCGGCUGCGUGUCGGAGCUGGCGACGCUGGUGCAGGAGCAGGUUAACGCCGAGUCCUCCCUGCUGAAGCCAAAGGUUAUGAUCGCCAUUGUAGCUCGCAACGCAGCGCACAGCCUGCCGUACUACCUGGGCUGCAUCGAGAAGCUGGAGUACCCGAAGGAGCGCAUAGCGAUCUGGGCAGCAACGGACCAUAAUAUAGACAACACUACAGCCGUGUUAAGAGAAUGGCUGAAGACAGCCCAGCGUGUGUACCACUAUGUGGAGUGGAGACCAAUGGAUGAACCACGAUCGUACACAGAUGAGUGGGGCCCAAAGCACUGGCCUCCUUCCAGAUUCAACCACGUGAUGAAGCUGAGACAGGCGGCACUAAAGGCUGCCCGGGAACGAUGGGCCGACUACAUACUGUUUGUAGACAGCGACAACCUGUUAACCAACCCUAAUGUGUUGAACCUGCUGAUGAGUGAAAACUUGACCUUAGUGGCUCCCAUGUUGGAGUCUCGUUCGCUCUACUCCAACUUCUGGUGUGGCAUCACCCCUCAGGGCUACUAUAAGCGAACCCCAGACUACCAGCCAAUCAGGGAGUGGAAGCGGCUCGGAUGCUUCCCUGUUCCCAUGGUGCAUAGCACCUUCCUGUUGGACCUGCGUCGUGAAUCCAGCAGGGACCUGGCUUUCUAUCCUCCUCACCCAGACUACAGCUGGGCCUUCGAUGACAUCAUGGUGUUUGCCUUCUCAGCACGUCAAGCAGGUGUACAGAUGUAUGUGUGUAACAGAGAACACUAUGGUUUCCUGCCGGUACCUCUCAAGGCUCAGCAGAACGUGGAAGAUGAAAGCGAGAGUUUCAUACACACUAUCACAGAGGCUUUAAUUGACCACAACAUCGAGCCCUCUGAGCAUGUGCACGCUCCACCAUCACCUCAGGGAAAGAUUGACUUUGAUGAAAUUUUCCUUAUCAACCUGAAGCGCCGGCUGGACAGAAGAACCAGGAUGUUGAAAACUAUGGCGUCGCUGGGUCUCCAUGCCACCCUGACAGACGCGGUGGACGGCAAGGCUCUGAAUACGUCCCAGCUGCAGGCGCUGGCGAUAGAGAUGAUGCCGGGCUAUAAGGACCCGUACUCUGGUCGAGUUCUGACCCGAGGUGAGAUCGGCUGCUUCCUCAGUCAUCACUCCAUAUGGACACAGGUGAAAGAGCGCGGCCUCCAGAAGGUCCUUGUCUUAGAAGAUGAUGUGAGGUUUGAGCCCAGGUUUAAACGAAGGCUUCAGGCCAUAAUGGAUGACAUAGACAAAGCCCAGCUGGACUGGGACCUCAUCUAUGUGGGCCGUAAGCGUAUGCAGGUGCAGCAGCCCGAGCAGUCGGUGGACGGUGUAAACAACCUGGUUGUGGCAGACUAUUCCUACUGGACGCUGGGCUACGCACUCUCACAGCAAGGAGCCAGAAAGUUACUGGCUGCAGAGCCUUUCAGGAAGAUGCUGCCUGUCGACGAAUACCUGCCCGUCAUGUUCAACAAACACCCCAAUGUCCAGUACAUGUCUCACUUUGAGCCCCGGGACCUGAAGGCUUUCUCCGUGGAGCCGCUGCUCAUCUAUCCCACCCACUACACCGGAGAACCGGGCUACAUCAGCGACACAGAGACCUCCACCAUUUGGGACGACGAGGCCGUGGCCACGGACUGGGACCGGCAGCACGCCCGCAAGACGGCCCAGCAGGGCAGCAUCCGGCCCCUGGCACAGAACAGCGUCACCGGAGAUUCGCCGCCUCCUGCAGCUCGAGCAUCACGCGACGAACUCUGAUACAGACACUAGAGUCAGAGAGAGAGAGGGGUGUUCAUACGCCGCGUACACACAGUGAAUACCAUGCGUUAGCACACUUGAAAAGACACUUGAACUACAAGCUGGCAUACUGUACAUGUAUUCACACACUCUCAUGCACACACACACACACACAUGCACAAGUGUUAUAAUGGAUAAAAGCGGAAUUCGGACCUUUCUAAUCUGCUGGCUAAUGACGGGACAGCGAGGAGAAGAGGAAGAAGAGCCGAAUCUAGGACGAGGGCCAGCGGGCCUUUGACAAAAGCUUUAUUUAUUCACCAUGUGCAUCCUCCAGGCCUGCAGAGAUAUUUACAGCCCGAUAAAAAAAAGUAAGCAACACAUGGAACCUAACAUCAUUUGCAGGAUGUGAAAGAAAAAAACUAAUUUUUGUGUUGUUUAUAAAGAUUAUUGUUAUUUAAACAGAUGUGUUUUAAGGGGUUGCUGAAGAAUAAAUGAACCAUACUGCUGUCUGACAACUUGUAACGUGUCACUAUGAAACCGUGCAUCCACAUCCUACGGCAUUUGUGUGUUUUUUUGUGGGCGUGCAUGUGGACGCAUGCAUUUGUUUUCAGAAUUGAGCCCGCGUGGGAGGAGGGAGGCUGACACGCUGUACCCAAGAGUGUGACUGCCUCAAAUGAUGACACACAUGCACACACACGCACACACACACACACACACGCACACACACACACACACACACACUCGGCCAUCUCUUGCCAAACAGCUGGGCAGCAACAGAUGUUAUUAAGACCCAAUGUUUCUGAAGAACUAGCACAGCGGGCUGGUCCCACUCGUUACCAUUUCAGAUCACCAGGCACACAUUACAGGAAGCCUCUAGGAUGUAUGAUGUGCAGUUCCAUCCAUUACGUACACAUGCUUUUGGGAUAUAUGUGUGUUAAAUAUGUGUUAAAUAUUUGGAAAAGGCUGGAUUAUUGAGUCUUUCAUCUCCUCGACGCAGACCAAACCAAUAAAACAACUUCUCUAUCA